UGGCACCGCCCGGUGGGGCGGGGGACUGGCAGGGGAGGUGGCCGCGCCACCGCCCCUCGGCGGGACCCCCGUGGGGAGCGGUGCGGGUGGCCAGCGCCGAGCCAGGAGGAGCAACCACUCCAUCCCCAGGGGAUGAGCAGGUCUGCCCAUCCUCCAUGCCAGAGCUGGGAACACCACAGCUCUUGUCUUGUACUGCUGGAGGCUGUCGCCAUGACCCUCACCAAAGGCUCCUUUACCUACUCCAGUGGCGAGGAGUACCGUGGCGAGUGGAAGGAAGGUCGCAGGCAUGGCAUCGGGCAGCUGACAUUUGCUGAUGGCACCUCUUAUGUGGGGCACUUUGAGAAUGGGCUCUUCCAUGGCUGUGGCGUGCUCAGCUUCUCUGAUGGCUCCAGGUACGAGGGCGAGUUUAUGCAGGGCAAGUUCAACGGUGUCGGCGUCUUCACCCGCUGUGACAACAUGACCUUUGAGGGAGAGUUCAAAGGCGGGCGUGUGUACGGCUUCGGUCUCUUGACCUUCCCGGAUGGCUCCCAUGGGGUGCCCCGCAAUGAGGGCUUUUUUGAGAACAACAAGCUGCUGCGGCGGGAGAAGUGCUCAGCCAUUAUCCAGAGGGCCCAGGGGGCCUCCAAGUCUGCCCACAACCUUUCAGCGUGAUGGUGUCCUGUGCCCCACUCUCACUGCAGUGGGGACCUCCCCCCUGGGGCACUGGCUGGCCCUGCCGUCCCCAGAGCAGGGAUGCAGCACUGUUGGGUGGUCCCCCUGCCCUCUGCUUGCCAGCUGGCCAGCCUUGGUGGGUCUAGGAGUCCUCACCAAGCCCCUUUGCUGAACCCUUGCCAGUGGGGCGAAGGGCCCUCUGUUUUCCACUCAAGUGCCCCGAGGUGGCCAUGGUGCCUUCUCUCUCUCUGGCUGCUGCCCUAACACCCAGUGGAGCAGCCAGAGCCCAGCUCCUCUGCCCCCUUGGGAAGGCUGAGGACCACCACGGCUGCCAGCCCACCGUGGGGGACAGAGCAGUGAUGGGUGGUGUGGGGCUGGUCCCCAACCCCACUGCCAGGGUGCCUUGCUUGGCCACAGGCUGCUGGGUGUCCCACACAUCUGCAGAGGGGCAGCCCCUGGCUUGCUUCACUACCCUGAUCCCGAGGCAGGAUGGGCACCCUGGGCACCCCAUGGCCCGUACCCUGAGCUCUGGGUGACCAGCCAUCUUCCUGCCUACCCUGGGCAGGGUGACAUAGUGCCCCCAAAGAAUGCAGCCUGCUCUCAUGGCCAGCUAUGUCCCCCUCAUCCCUGUGCCACUCCAGCCCAUCUGCUGCCUUGGGAACAUCUGUGGCAGCAUCCCCACCAAUGGGGACCUGGGAAUGCCCAGCCUGGCCUAUAUCUGCUGUGUGCUGGGGGAGGGCAGGAGCAAGAAGUGGGAUCAGCCAGAGUCUGAGAUGAGGGGCACAAGCAGGAGGUGUGGGGGGGGUGCCCAGAGCUGGAGCCGGGAGCAUGGGAAGAGUGGGCAGGAAUAGGAGCAUGGCAGAAGGGCAGGCAGGUUGGGCAGAGGACACACAGCUCCUUAUUUUUCCUCCCACACACAACCUUAAUCUCCCCCCUACGUGCUUCCAUUCACCUCCAGUACGGUCUGGCUGGCUGUGGUGCAGGGGUCCCAGAAGGCCUGGUUGUGGGCUGCAGGGGCUGUGCCCACCCUGCUGGUCUCUGCCCGCACUGGUCCUGUGCCUUGCCAUGACCCUGCCACCUGCACGGCCCUCAGCUGAGUAAACCACAAU